AUGAAGAAGUUUCUCUUACUAAUGAGUCUUUAUCUGAUUGGAUGUGCCAGAGGAGCAUCAGGUCAGCCUGAUGAGCCUCCUGGCUCUAUGGAUCAUCAAGCUUCAGUUCAGCAAUUUUCAGGUGAGUACUUUUCACUUGGAAACCCUUCAGAUGGUGAGGCUUUAUAUGAGACUUCUGCAGGCGAGAGCACUUUAAGUGAGCAUACUUCAGGUGAGCACACUUCAGCUGAACAUGGUUCAAGUGAACACACUUCAGGUGAACACGCUUCAGGUGAACACGCUUCAGGUGAGCAUGCUACGGGUGAACAUACUUCAGGUGAACAUAUUGCCAGUGAGCACGCUUCUGGUGAACAACCUUCAGGUGAACAGCCUUCUGGUGAAAAGCCUUCAGAUGAACAGCUUUCUGGCGAACAGUCAUCUGGUGAAAAGACUUCCGGUGAACAGUCUUCUGGUGAAAAGCCUUCAGGUGAACAGGCUUUAGGUGAACAGCCUUCCGGUGAACAGGUUUCAGGUGAACAAGCUUCAGGCAUUCCACCAUCAAGCACAUUUUCAGGCCCAAUAUUAAAUUGCCACACAUGCUCAUAUAUGAAUGAUCAUGGAAAAUGUCUUCGUGGAGAGGGAGUCUGCUCCACUCAGAAUUCCCAGCAAUGCAUGUUAAAGAAGAUCUUUGAAGGUGGAAAACUCCAAUUCAUGGUUCAGGGGUGUGAGAACAUGUGCCCAUCUAUGAACCUCUUCUCCCAUGGAACCAGGAUGCAAAUUAUAUGCUGUCGGAACCAAUCUUUUUGCAACAAGAUCUAG